AUGGCAUCCCGCGUCCUCCGCCCCGCGUUCCGGGCUGCGAACAACGCAUCGCGCGGAUUCCAGACCAGCGCUGCGCUGAGGCAAGAGAAGCCGCUCGUGGCACCGGUCAGGAGACCUGUAGGCGCUUUCAGGGGAGGACUGUUCGGCUUCCUCCUCGGCACCGCGACCGCCGGCGCCGGCAUGUACUACUACGUCAUCGACGAGUAUCGCGUGAGCAACCAGCUGCUGACCGAGGACAUUUACGCGCUGCAGAGCGCCGUGCAGAGGAUAGAGGGCUACGUCCGGACGCUGGAGGACAAGGUUGCCGAGAAGAAGCGCUGA